UUUGUAAGAGUGGUACACUAGUAUAUUAAAGCAUUUCUAACGCAGCUUUCAAUACGUGCGCAUCUCUGUAAUUACAUGAAAUAUUAAAACAUAGAAAAAAUCUUCGCUAAAAUGUCUUCUUCACAAUCUAAGGGGCAUACAAGAGUGCAAUGGGCGAUUACUAUAUUGUGCAACAUGACGGUAUUCACAUACGGCCUACAAUGCGGCUGGAUGUCUCCUGCCACCGUGCUGCUGCAGUCGCCAGACUCCCCCACUGGCAGACCACUGUCCGCCAGUGAAGUCUCGUGGGUCGCCAGCUCAGCAUCGCUGGCGGGAGUGCUUGGUGCCGUCAUUUUCAUCAAAACUGUCGAUAGAUUCGGAAGGAAAAUGGGACUCUUGGUUAUGACUGUCCUACAAGCGUUGGUCUGGGUGAUGAAGCUACUGCCGGCCAGCACCACGACCCUCAUCAUCGCUCGAGUCUUCAGUGGCAUGGCAGGUGCUGGCUGCUUCCACGUGGUGCCUAUGUAUGUGAAGGAGAUAGCUCAGGACAGCAUCAGAGGCUCUCUAUCAACUGUAGCUGCCCUCGCACAAAGUAUAGGAAUUCUGAUCAUGUUUCUGAUGGGAGGGUUCCUGGACUAUUACACGGUGUUAUGGAUUGUGGUCGGUCUCCCGAUAAUUACACUCGGGAUGUUCCUUAAGGCUCCAGAAUCACCCUCCUACUUGGUAAAAGUAGGAAAGAUCGAGGAAGCUACGCGAGUUCUUGCAUUCUUAAGAGGUCUCGAUGUUGAAGAUAAAGAAAUACAAAACGAAGUCGAUACUCUCAAGAGGGACGAUGAUUAUUAUAAGUCCAUGCCUACUAUUUCAAUGGCUACUGUUUUUAAAACUAAACCGUGGCGGAAAGCAUUCAUCAUCAUGAUCUUGGUGAUCCUGGUCCAUGCUUCUAAUGGAAGUUUCUCCGUGCUCAACUACACUGCUUCUCUACUGCAAGACUCUGGCAUGAAGAUCAGUCCGGAGCUACAGUCACUCAGCAUCCCUAUAUUUAUGACGCUGGGAUCCAUCAUCACAAUUACUACUAUAGACAAGCUGGGAAGGAAGUUGAUCUUGGGAUCAGCAUUUGCUGCCACAGCGGUAGCCUUCGCCUGCAUGGCGACAUCCUCGGUGCUGAAGAUGUACGGAUGGACGGCUCCUGCCUGGAUCAACGUGACCAUGAUGAUGGUGCUGAUAUGCUGCUACGGCGGUGCUGUCUCUCCGCUGCCCUUCAUGAUCAUGGCUGAGAUAUUUAAUUUUCAAAUCCGUGCCAAACUGAUGGGUUACCUUGUGAUGCUGGCGUGGUUCGUCAGUUUCAUUCAGCUGGUCGUGUUCAGUGAGCUGAUGAGCAGGUUCGGAGCACACGUCAGCUUCUACAUGUUCGUGGUCAUAAACGUGCUGGCGACUGCUCUGGUAGUCUUCGUCUUGCCGGAGACCAAGGGAAAGAACAUCGAAGAACUGGAGAAGGAAUUGACUGAAGGGAGGAGAGAAAAGUGCGUUACCACGUCGUAGUGAGAAAGUAGUGGCUAAAAGCAAUAAUUAUGACAAUGUAAAUAGUUUUGAUAUAUAAUCUGAAAUGAAUGAUGGAAAAUAAAAUGGUGUACUUGGCAAUGAAUUUGAGCUCAAAGAUGACCAGUCGUCUGAAAAUGUUUUAUGGAAAGCGUAUGGUAAUGGAAGUUUCCAAUACAUAAUGUAUGAUACGUCGACUUGUGUACCGCGCACCCAGUGCCGCGGCGGUGUGGCCCCUGUACCGGCUCAUCAUCCGCGCUAAGUACCUCAAUGUGCUCGUUAAACUGUCCAAACUUGUGAACAGAUUUGUCUUCCAUUUGAUCGAUCGAGAUUGUUCCCUUUUUAAGAAGUUAUAACACAUUAUGAGGGUGAAGUGACGACGAUUAAUAAUCGAGGCGUGAAAGUUAAAAUUGGUUGGUAGUACAAAGAAAUUAUUUGUCUAUUGUGAACAUUAUUAAUGUAAAAUGUUUUACUUCACUUCUACGUCUGAAAAUGAUAAAAACCUUUUUAACGCAUCCAUUAAGCCAAAUACUAAGGAGGAAUACAAAUAUUAGGUUUCAAAGAAGAUAUUUUUUGGUGAAUUGGAAAGAAAAAUGUGAUUGUGAUAAAAAUGUGAUAAAUAAUAAAAAUCAUAAAAAUGUCAA